AUCAUCAGCAGAUGGAUAUGUGCCCUGUUGCUGUUGUCGUCGCCAUGGCUACUACCUAGUACCUGGUUGCCACGGAGCAUGCCGCAUUUCCUUGCGGCGGCGGCGCCUGCACGGGGCAAGAGCGAGAGCGCGAUCGAUUGCCGCGUAGUCCACAAGCGUGAAACGAACGAGUCAAGGUCUGUAAAUGUUACCGACCCCAAUCUCCUCAAACUCCGAGCACGGUAUGCAGUCAAUUUGAUCCUGCCAAAGCACAUCAGCGUCGCUUUCAAGGUUUCCCAAAUCCAAGGAUUGGUCCAUGGCAUUAGGUCUUUCGUGUUAUCUCCCAAGGACCGAACUCUGUUCAUCGCGGCGCAUAAUGGGAUUUGGAAGAUAAGCACCAACCAGACGAAUACAUGUGUGGCUAACGCGACGUUGUUUUCCAGAGUAGGAAUACGCUGGUCAGAUGGUGAACCAGGACUCUCACUCUGGUGGCUUCAUGAUAUGGAUUAUCACGCCGUGGCCCUCCAAGAUCCUCAGUCGGGGGAAACUGGAGCAGAAGUCUUGGCCUUGGGUAGCAACAACACCUCACUAACAAGACUACUGCUUGUGGACGACGAAGUUUACCAGCCAGACAUGACAAGAGUAAUUCGUGCCCUUCCCAUCGACCCCAUCGACUCGAAUGGAAGCUCGCCGAAUGACCUCUACGUUCGCAAUCAUAGCGGUUUUCCAACCGUCGACAGCAUGGUGAUCGAUUCCCAUACCAGGAUUUUGUAUGCCUCGUCAGGUGAGGCGAUCUUCCGAGCUAACUUAACUUACUCCGCAGGGAGAUUAUUACCCCCUUUGGAGCUUUGGCUCGGAGAGCAACCGAACAGGCCUGAAGAGGGGAUACCGUCGGAGCCUCCGCAGAGGGAGUCGUACGAAGACAAUGAUGACCCCCGUAGAGUGCGAUUCGGAUCUGCGGUUUUAGGCCCGUCCACCAUCUCCCCCGACGGGAAAACAAUUUACGUCGCCGAUCGGACCGCCGGCGCUAUCCGCCGGAUUCAAACGAGUACAGGUGCCGUGCAUCGCAUCGCCGGAGAUACGUUAGGUUGGAAGGACGGGUCAGCCUUGGAAGCUCUAUUCUCAUAUCCCGUGAGCUUGGCGGUCACUUACGAUGGCUGCAACUUGUUCGUUCUCGACGUCGAAAGCAUAGAUGAGGGCACAGCCAGGCUCCGGCUGAUUACCUUAAAUAGCAGCUGGGGGGAGGCGGCGAAGGUGACCACCGUCGCAGAGAUGGCUUACAACAAGUUCAUGUUUGACAGUGGUGGGCUCGUCCUGGCCAUUUCUCCAGAGAGCGACACGUUGUACGUUGCCAUGGUGACAAAGAUUCUGAGGCUGGGGAUUAACACAUCGGCUCUGCCUCCUUGUGCCGGACUUUCCCAACGCCGAGACCAGCCUGAUUCCACGAUGCCACGGCAUUCCUUGCCGGCCAACGUGCGCGCAAUCGUCCUGACAGGUGCCGGUGUGUUGCUGCUAGUUGUAGCUUUCUGUGCACUGUUUUUCAUCGUUAUGAUCCGACGGUGGAGGAGACGAGUCACGGACAAGCGGGGGACACCUCGUCCCGAACAGUCUAUCACUGCUCCGUCGGAGAAUGUGAAAAGCUCGGGGCGCAUGUGGACAGACACGACCACCGUGUCGAAUGAGGCCAGGUCGAGGAUGGGCUCGAGGAUGGGCUCGAGGAAGAGGGGACAAUCACCAUUGAUCCUACGGCCGACUUCGGGCUUGAAGAGUUACUCGCUGGAGGAAAUCAGCCGAGCGUGCGAGAAUUUCAGCCCGGAGCUUCUGGUGGGAAAGGGAGGUGCUGCCGAGGUGUACAAGGGAGUGCUCGGCGACGGCCAGGUUGUGGCCGUCAAGGUGAUGAAGGAUGCGGAGUUCUUGAAAUCGGCGAGGUUCCGUCAGUUCCAAGCCGAGCUGGACGUGCUCGGAUCACUCCGCCAUAGCCAGAUCUGUGGCAUCGUCGGAUACUGUGCAGAGCAGGGCAAGUCGUUUCUCCUCUACCCGUUCGUGGAGGGAGGCACGCUCUACGAGCGUUUGCGGCCGGAUAGAUGCGCCACUGGGGAGCAAGUUGUCGUCCCAACGGACGGCACCUCUGAUGGCAGCGUGUCCGCCCGCCAGAAGCCGCCGUUGGACUGGAAGAGCCGGCUGUCCAUCGCUCGGCAAGUCGCAAGCGCUCUGCGAUACUUGCACCAGCAGGUGGAUCCUCCCAUCGUGCACCGGGAUGUCAAGAGCAAGAACGUGUUGCUGGAGGAUCACGGCGAGGGCGAUUGGACUUCGAUCAGGGCUUACCUGUCCGACUUCGGGCUGGCGAAGGUCGGGAAGAGCGUUUUCGGCGCGCAGCAGGCGGGCGAAACAGUGGAGACGUACCACGUGGCGGGGACCUUCGGCUACAUGGCCCCGGAGUACUACAGCUCGUGCCGGCUGACGGUCAAGAACGACGUGUACGCUUUCGGGGUGUUGCUGCUGGAGCUGAUCACCGGCCGGCAGGCGUUUAUGAGCCAACGUCAGAAGCAGCAGCAGGGAAAGGAGGACGAAGAGGAGCAGAACGUGGCGAGGGAGGGGAAAGAGGGGAAAGAGGGGGAGGCGAAAUCGGCCGAGUCAAUGGAGUCGGAGGAGGAGCAGGAACUAAUGGAGUCAGGUCCCCGAACUCUGGCAUAUUGGGCACAGCGAAAGCUCCGGGCAAUAGAAGUAAUCUCCUCCGAGGACGAGGAAGACGACGACGAAAAGCCGGUCAGAUCGUCAACGGCAGCAAGAGAGACAGCCAUGGCAAGAACAGCAGGCGUGAAAGCUGGCAUGCAAUUGGACAGGAUCCGAGAGAUUGCUGAUCAACGGCUGAUGGCUCUUGGCGCCGUGGACUGGAGUAGCGUUUGUGGGAUGACGGAUCUUGCAAUGGAGUGUAUUAGAACCAAUCCGAGACGGCGGCCGCGGAUGGGGGUGGUCAUGGACAGACUGAUUCACCUCGAGCGGUCACUGGGUGAUGACGACGCGGCGAUUACGAUGCUGAUGAUGAUGCUGGUGAUGAUGCUGAUGAUGAUGAUGCUGAUGAUGGAGAUGACUGGCCGGGGUAAGGAUGAUGAUUAUGAUGAGGAGGACGGUGUGAUGGUGACACGUGACAACCAUGCAACGUGGAGUCAUGGCUGCUGCAUCAGGGAGUACCUGUACUCCUACAACCGCCCCAGAAACCAUACGGUCGAGGCCAUGAAGACAUUGGUAAAAAAGGGCUCUCCGGCAGUCGACGUCUAUGGCCUUCGCGCGUACUCUAAGGUGCGGGUCGUCUAUUUUGGAGAUGACCAGACGCGAGGGUAUUUCAAUGUCUCCGCCUUCGACAACAUGCGCGAAAAUCGGGCCAUGAUGUUGUCGUUCGAGGGUGCUGCCCGUGAUAUGAGGCAAUGGUGGAUCGAUAACCACCGAAUCAAGGCCCCGAAAGGCAAGGUCAGCGAUAAGGAUGCGGUUGCCGUUGCGCACCAAAAGAAGUGGCAGAAUUUCUUAAGGGCCUCCAUGGGGAAGGCAUGCGACAAGGCGUUCGUGAAACAAGCGCUCGAGAAUGAGUGCAGUAAGGAUUGGAGCAAUAAACUCCAUGGCCACAUGAACCUCGCCACAUCCACCGAGGCUGUGUGGCCACUGGUCAAGAAGUUCUUCGAGAUGUUCCACGAAGGGAAACUGCCAGUUGGCGAUGGUAAAAUACCGCUUGACAUGCCGGGUAGGAUAGAGGGGCGCCAGCUAGGCCCGUACACCGACGAGACGAAGGGGCAAAGAACAUUAUACCAUUGCAUAUACGCGAGAGAUGGUCCCAAAGGCUCCACCGUGUCAUGGAAGGAUCUCAGUCCUUCCUACUUCAAAAAUUUCGAGGAUUUGACGUGCCGCGAGAGGGAAGUUGCACUGCUUCUCCUCAUGAAAGGGAAGGUGGUCGCGACGAACGUCAAGGUCAUGCUUCCGAGAGUGAAUACGGAGUGCCUCCUCGACAUCAUGCGCAAGGAAUGCUACAUGGUCCGUAUGUUCAACUACGUUGUUUUCCGCGCCGAGGGAAGGGCGGACGAUGAAUGGAAUGAUGCCUUCUUCAUGUCAUACAAGGACCUCGAAGACAGGGCCGUCAUCCUUGACAUCUCCCCCGCCAACUUCUGCACGACAUGGACCUCUCAAGAGUUCGAUGCUCUGCACUCUAUGAUGACUAAGUGUUGUGGCGUUAAUUGGGUUCUUUUUGUCUUUGCACCGCAGAAGGUGCAAAGUGAUGUUCUGCGUUGCUUAUUCCGGUGGGAGGACAUUGAACUCAUCCUCGGGACCUGGAAACGGGUGGACAGGCCAUCGAAUGACAUCACGAGGUAUGGCAAUAUCGCUACGGCGAGUCGAAACAUGAUGGCCAUUGUCCUGCACGCGGAGGGAGGGGAUCUCAGAAAGGUCACGGUCGCACCCCACCUUCUCAAUGACCUCACAAAUGUGCAUGUUGUGGAGGAGAAGUUCGGGAAGUGUCUGGGGAAACACGGUGGCAUAGAAGGCGAUGAAAGUGUGGUGUAUUCCAUCUGGGAGCGAGAGCCUGCCAAGUUGCGUUCGUUGUGCGGGUCAUUCGUCGGGGAGGCGGAAGGUGUGUUUUUGUUGGGUAGGGCGCACGCGGGUCUUGUGUGGAAAUUCUUACUGGCAGGGAAUAAUGUCAUUGCCUGUGACGAGUCGGCAAAGGACAUUGCAUACUUGACAAAGUUCAUCGAUAUACUUGUCAAGGACGACAGAUUCAACUGCCAUAUCGAGAAGCCGUGUUGCAAACAUCGCCCGAACAGGGACAUGUUCCACAAGUUGGGGCCUAAGAGACUGAAGGUGUGGGAGUACUUGUUCCGUGAUAUGCCACAAGGACGGCUUGACGGGAAAUAUAUAUACAGGAAAGCAAAGGCAACAGAGACCCUCAAACAUUAUCACGCUGCUCUCACUGGCGCCUUUGAGACUUCUGUUGCUCGUUGCGACAUCCUCAAGUUCGAUCUUCGCAAAGACCAAUUGAUGUCCAAGGACUACGAGGAGCUCGCGAAAUCAGGCGAUGGCUUUAACCCCGUCGACAGUGAGGAAGAUUCUUCGGACUCUGACCUCGAUCUGGGCGAGGACACAUGUGCUGAGGUUCCGCGCGGUGGAAUGGUGCAAGCUUACGAUGACGGAAAUAUCCAUUCGCACGAAGGGUCCAUCCCGGUGGCCGCCCCGAGCGUCGCCUCGAUGGUGGCCCCGUCGGAGACUGCUGCAUCGCAAGACAUUGGAAGAUGCGGUGACAAUGAAGAAGAUGACAUUGAGAUACCAGGCGAGGCGUCGACGCUCGCACCAGGCGAUGCAAUUCCUCCAGGCUAUUCCGUGCAUCCAAGAUGGGGAGUGGAAGAUGGCAGUGAAAUACACAAGCGGUUGGAAGACUGGUUGAAAACGACGGAGCUCGUGAUCCUACAUCGCGUGCGCGUUGAGAAUCCAGGGCAGAGCGAGGCCACCAUCAAAGCCAAGGCCGAAGAAUUGUUUCAUGUCUUGCGCGGCAAUCGACAACUGGAGUACAGCAACAAAUUUUAUGCCCUGCGCUCGAGUCCCUCACGCGGGUCAAUCAACUGGAAGGUUGGUCAAACCGCCAGAACCUUGGAGGGGAGCUGCUCUCAUGAUUUCAUGCCUUCGUCUGAGCCGGCCUCCGUGCCCGCGCAAGCAGGGCACAGGGGAGAUGACGGGACUACUGUUGUCGGGCCUCAAGAGGCUGACAUGACGUCAAUGCCGCAAAUAUCGAAAAAAUCAAUCUCGGUCGCCGCGACACAAUCGUACCCACCCAUCGAUGUGUCAACGACGUUACCGCCGGAUGCGGGUGCCACGUACGGGAGUUUAUUGAUAACAAAUGCUGCAAUGGAAGGCAGAUCCGAGAUCGAGUCAGAGUCUGAUGUUGGGCCGAGCGUGGCGGAGAGUCAGUUGCAAUCGUCUUUAUGCACUAGCAAAGGUGAUGCACAAUCACUGCUGACACCACAGGGAGGGGCUGGUGGGAAUGGCGGGAAGGGAGGGGAUGUGGAGGGAAUGCACUGUUCUCGCAACCUCGACACCUUAACCGCUGAUAUUGAUUAAAAGGGUGAGGAAUUCAUAUUAGUCUCCGUAGGCACCACUUCUACAUCGUUUUUCCAUUUAUGUAUAUUUUUUUUUUCACCUCAAAUUUUUAAUCGACCUGAGAUAUUUAGAUUGACUGCCCGUUUCGACGUGCAGUAAAAAAUCGUGGUGGGAGUGUAUGUGUGGUAUUGUACAUCUCUCUCUCUCUCUCUCUCUCUCUCUCUCUCUCUCUCUCUCUCUCUCUCUCUCUCUCUCUCUCUCUCUCUCCCUCUCUCUCUCUCUCUCUCUCUCUCUCUCUCUCUCUCUCUCUCUCUCUCUCUCUCUCUCUCUCUCUCUCUCUCUCUCUCUCUCUCGCUCGCUCGCUCGCUCGUUGCGACAUGGACGCGUGUGUGCGAACGUACUAUAUAAGGGUGGUCGAUCGAUGCGAGGAAUGAAUGACUGCAUAUGUGAAUGAUGUUCAUACAAGUAAAAUAUUAGAGAAAUA